AUGGCCCAGGCCUGUUUAUCCAAGAAGAUCUAUAGGUCUGUAACAAGUUUGAUUGAUAGAAGUGUUAGGGCCUUUAUUGCCCCUAUUACUGCAGCUAUAGCUUCCGCAUCGAAUACCUCUGCAUUUGUACCAAGUGAGAAGGAGUAA